GUGGCCGUAUUAAACUAUAAAUUGAAAUAUCUUUUUUCCGGAACGAGAACAUAGACAGACAUAUAUAACGGCGGCUUGAACCUGUUUCAUAUUUUGCCCUAAUCGUCUUCAGCUGAAGCUACAAACCCACUCUUCUUACAGAGUAUUAGUGGCUUAUAGUGGGCAUGGGUGCCGAAAGUGGGUUGCAGGGAGAUGCUCCGCGAUUGGUUGCAGUCCUAAAAGAAAUGAAAGAAGGUUUAGAUGCCGUCACAAAUAAGGUGCAAGCUUUAACAGCUAAGGUCAAAGCUGAUAAAUUGCCAACAGCAGAUGGGAUAAGCUAUCUUGAUGCCAAGAACUUAUUGCUACUUAAUUAUUGCCAGUCACUAGUUUACUAUUUGCUCCGCAAGACAAAAGGCUUAUCAAUAGAGGGGCAUCCUGUUGUUAGGAGCCUGGUGGAGAUUAGAUUAUUCUUGGAAAAGAUUCGGCCCAUAGACAAAAAGUUGCAAUAUCAAAUACAGAAGCUCACAAGGCUUACUGGCAGCGAAGUGGAUGUGGGUUUGAAUGAGAAGGAAGAAGAUUCCAGUCAGAAGACGGAAGAUCCACUGAUGUAUCGUCCUAACCCUGACAUGCUUGCUCUCAAAACGAAUGUUGCCGAGGAUAGCAUUGGAGUUUAUAAAAUACCGAAAAUUGUACCUACUAUGAUGGAAGAAGAUAAGAAGACAAGACAGGAAAGAAAUGUUCUGAGAAAGGAGAGACAAGCUCUUCGAGAAUCUGGGCAGAGCGUUUACAUGAGAGAUAUGAUGAAUGAUCUCGAGGGAAGGCCAGAAGAGGUGAGAGAGAUGGUCGGAACUGAAAGUAUAGAGGUUACUAAGUACAAAGAGAGGUUGGAAGCACAAUCGCGUAUAGAGGAAGAGCUAUUUACUCGUGCUCCUAUUACAAAAUCGGAGAAAAAGAAGAUGAAACAUAUGAAGAAGUCCAGAAAUGGUAUGCAAGCUUUCACAGAGAGUUUCUUCGAUGAGAUCAAAACAUUACCUUUCGAGCACAACACUGAUGGGCAAACUUCAGGCUUUGAGAAUGACGGUUAUAGAGAAAGAAAGUUCAACAAACGCAAGCGGAAGCAUUAAAAAAGAAAAGUGGAUUAAAUCUUUCCUAGAUGAAGUACUUUGUUCUUACAAAUGCAAGGUGGAUGUGAGAUCUCUGUGGCAUGCAUUAUAGGACAUUCGUUUGGCCUGCAAGACUUUGAGGGUCUACUACUGAUAAAUUCUUUAGGAUUUUUGAGUAUGAAGUCAUUUUAAAUGUUCUUGAAAUUGAUGAGAAUGCAAACUUAUCAUUUUGGUAAUGCAAGGACUAAGGAUUCAAACAAAUUUUUUUACUAGAAUAUGCUAGUGGACUUCACUUUUUUCAA